GACGGAAGCUGACAGCGUGGAGAAGAAGAGUUUUUCCACCGGCUCUUUUCUUUCACCUCCGCCUCCCCGCUGAACGUCCAUCUCGAGUCAAACGAUGGCGAAUGUGGUGGAUACCAAGCUGUACGACAUCCUCGGCGUCACCCCGACGGCCACCGAGAACGAACUGAAGAAGGCUUAUCGGAAAUUGGCAAAAGAAUACCACCCAGACAAGAACCCCAAUGCUGGUGAUAAGUUCAAAGAGAUCAGCUUCGCCUACGAGGUGCUCACCAACCCUGAGAAAAAGGAGCUGUACGACCGCUACGGCGAGCAAGGCCUGCGGGAGGGUGGUGGGGGCGGGGCAGGCAUGGACGACAUCUUCUCCCACAUCUUCGGCGGUGGCCUCUUCGGCUUCAUGGGGGGUCAGGGGGGUCGCUCCCGCAACGGGGGCCGGAGGAGAGGGGAGGACAUGGUGCACCCCCUCAAGGUCACCCUGGAAGACCUUUACAAUGGGAAAACUACUAAACUACAACUUAGCAAGAACGUCCUCUGCAGCACUUGUAACGGGCAAGGAGGCAAGACGGGGGCGGUGCAGAAGUGUGGGACCUGCCGGGGCCGAGGGAUGAGGAUCAUGAUCAGACAGCUGGCCCCCGGGAUGGUCCAACAGAUGCAGUCUGUGUGCACAGACUGCAACGGGGAAGGAGAGGUGAUCAGUGAGAAAGACCGCUGUAAAAAGUGUGAGGGCAAGAAGGUGGUGAAGGAGGUGAAGAUCCUGGAGGUGCACGUGGAUAAGGGCAUGAAGCACGGCCAGAAGAUCACCUUCGGAGGGGAGGCAGACCAGGCCCCGGGCGUGGAGCCAGGAGACAUCGUCCUGGUCCUACAGGAGAAGGAGCAUGAGACCUACAAGCGAGAAGCCAACGACCUGCACAUGACUCACCGGAUCGGCCUGGUGGAGGCGCUGUGUGGCUUCCAGUUCACCCUGAAGCACCUGGACGCACGGCAGAUCGUCGUCAAGUACCCAGCGGGCAAAGUCAUUGAGCCAGGCUCGGUGCGGGUGGUGCGGGGGGAGGGGAUGCCCCAGUAUCGGAACCCCUUUGAGAAGGGAGACCUCUACAUCAAGUUUGACGUCCAGUUCCCCAGCAACAACUGGAUCAGCCCGGAGAAGCUGACGGAGCUGGAGGACCUGCUGCCCUCGCGGUCCGAGGAGCCGGUGAUCAGCGGCGAGACGGAGGAGGUGGACCUGCAGGACUACGACGCAGGCCAGGGCUCCUCGGGGGGCGGGCGGCGAGAGGCCUACAACGACAGCUCUGAUGAGGAGGGGGGCCACCACGGCCCCGGGGUGCAGUGUGCCCACCAGUAGGACGGCCCCCGUCCCUCUCACACCCUGUGGAGAACCUGUAGGAGUUCCACCUGGAGCCAACAUGUUGGUUCCUCAGACAGAUUGACGAAGGUCUCCCCAUGCAAUCAGAAAGUGAAAGUCUAAAUUAAGGGGUUUGUGAAGAGAGGUUUGUGUUCUGGGCUUAGUUUGUUUAUUUAUCUGUGGACUGUAAAACCCGGUCAUUUAUACAUUGCAUAUGUUUAUAAAUGAGUCUUUGGAUUCCCCCCCCCCCGAUGUGACAUGUGACAGCAAACGCAUGUAAAUCCUUCAUGUGACAAAAUGGACGUUUUCUUUUCUUCCACUAAAUAUCGUAGAAAAUACAGCGAACAAGUGGGCAUAAUUCUAGGGUUGGACUUCCUGGACCCCCUAGACCCCCAUACCAUACCACCUUGACCUCAUAUCUCCCGCUCCACCUCCCGCUCCUCCUGCUCCUCCACCUCAACCUCCUCCCAAGGAGAAACAGGCCAUCUAGAAGGCUUUUCACGUUGUGAUUUGUUGUUCAACGUGACUCCGCUGAGCCGUGAGAUGAAGACCAGGAUGCUGGACACUCACUGGUUCAGGGUUUCAUUCACUCACUUGGUUCAUGGUUUCAUUCACUCUCCAGCCAUUGUUAGAAAUUGUUUAUAUAUCUGCUUGAUUUUUACUGGUUUUCUUGGUAGGUUGUUUUUACCUGUUAUUUCCUUUCUAUUGUUUUAAUUCAAACGUUGUGUAUAAUAUGAUGAAACUGAACAGUACUUUUUUCAGCUGCUGCGUUCACUGCUUUAGGAUGUGAUGACCCAGGACAUUGGACACCAUUCGCUGGUUAAGACUGCUUUGGUUCCUACGCUGGAUUUAAACAGUGGGACACACUUUAUUCAAGCUGCAAACUUAUGGAAAAAUAAGAUUGAAGUUGUUAAAUAAAAUAUCAA